UCAGGGACAAAGAAAACAGCUGCUAAAACUAGGAAUAUUUGUUUACAAAUAUACCAAAAAAAAAUACCCCUUUAAAAAUCUUAAUUUCUGAAUUAUAAUCAAUGUGCAGGUUUUAGCGUUUACGGAGUGUCAAAAAUCAAUCCUUACUGUAAGGUAUGGAAAUCCUUGUCCCAAAGAUGCUGCGUCCUGGCAUGCGGCGGCAAGCAGAAUGAAUUGUGGAUCCAUACAACAGGAGUGUUCAAAGGCUUUGGGCUUAGAUCCUAAGAGAUACCUUUUCCAGUACCACUGUCUAAUGAAUUCCUGGAUGAAUGCCACAGUAGAAGUGUGUGCACUGAAUCGUUCUAUUUUAGGUUACUGUGCUGAGUUUAACACCGAUGGGGCAUUAAUACAGGAAAACUAUAAUGCAGACUGUAGAAAAUAUGAUCCGCCAUGUCCAAAAAUCUAUAAUUCAGCAGAGGCUUACAAAUAUCAAUCCUGCUACGAAUCGGUGCACAAUCAUCAACAGAAACCAUUUUUUUUUGCCCCGGAAAAUUACAUUUCCUCUCAUCCACGUUAUUCGAGCAUUUGUCUACCUAUUUUCCUUCUAUUACAUCUAAUACAUCAUUUUGAUGAAUAAAUCUUUACAUAUUAA